AUGCCCGCCCUUUUCCCGAAUCGCCCGGGUGCUACGGUUUUCCUGGGACACACCAGUGCCAAGAUCCACGUGGCCCGCUCGGAGGACAAGGUGGACAACAGGCGUCUACCGCGCCCGCAGGAACAGUUGCUCAUGCUCUCCGACGGAAGACGAGUUCCGGUUAAACUCUUUGGCGACCUGGAUGUGGUUUUCCAUUGCCAAAGAGAUGUGUGCGUGACGCUCACAGGUGUUAGUGUUGUGCCGGGUUUGGUGCUCAUGGGUGUUGGUGCUCUGCCGGGUUUGGCGCUCGACCUUCUGUCUUUCUCACGGAUACAGGAAAGGUACGACAUCGUCCUGAAGUGGCAGGGGGCGAAGACUGUGGGUGGGCAAGUGCAGUUCACCAAAAUCGUCCUUGGCAACUACAUCCUGGUAACCCCCGUCGAUCCACUGCCUUCGCCCCCUGCGAGUCCCGCGGAGAUGAGGCGGGCUAGAGCGGCGGCAUGGGCGGCGAUUUCAGCGGCGACGACGGCGGCGCCCGAUGAUCGUGUUUUCCCCGCAGUGGCGUCGGGAAGGAUGGCAGGAGCGCCCGCAAUGGCGACUGGAGCGGCGGCAUCGGCGGGAGCUCCAGCGGCGACAGCGGCGACGGCGGCGACGGCGGUGAUAUCCGGUGGCAGUGUUUCCCCCGCGGCGGCGGCGGGGGGGCUGGCCGGAGUCCCCGCGGUGGCGGCAGGAGCCGCAGCAUUGACAGCGGCUUCAGCAGCGACGGCAGCGGCCUCUGGCGGCAGUGUUUCCCCCGCAGCGGCGACGGGGGGGAUGGCCGGAGUCCUCGCGGUGGCGGUAGAAGCAGCGGCAUCGGCGGCAGCUCCAGCGGCAACGGCGGCGAUCUCCGAUGGCAGUGUUCCGGCGGCGGCAGGGGGGAUGGCCGGAGUCCCCGCGGUGGCAGCAGGAACAGCGGCAUCGGUGGCAGCUCCAGCGGCGACGGCGGCGGUCUCCGGUGACAAUGUUCCCCCCGCGGCGGCGGCGGCGGCGGAGGUGGCCGGAGUCCCCGCGGUGGCAGCAGGAGCGGCGGCAUCGGCAGCAGCUCCAGAGGCCACUACGGCGACCUCUGGCGGUGGUAUCCUCCCCGCGACGGCGACGGGGGGAAUGGCCGGGGUCCCUGCAGUGGUGGCAGGAGCGGCGGCAUCGGUAGCAGCUCCAGAGGCCACUACGGCGACCUACGGCGGCGGUAGUGUUUCCCUCGCAGCGACGUCGGCGGGGGGAAUGGCGGGGGUCCCUGCAAUGGCGGCAGGAGCGGCGGCAUCGGCAGCAGCUCCGGAGGCGACGGCGGCGACCUACGGCGGCGGAGCGGCGGCAUCGGUAGCAGCUCCAGAGGCCACUACGGCGACCUACGGCGGCGGUAGUGUUUCCCUCGCAGCGACGUCGGCGGGGGGAAUGGCGGGGGUCCCUGCAAUGGCGGCAGGAGCGGCGGCAUCGGCAGCAGCUCCGGAGGCGACGGCGGCGACCUACGGCGGCGGUAGUGUUUCCCUCGCAGCGACGGCGGGGGAAGCGCCCGGAGGGCUCGCGGCGGCAGCUGGAGCAGCGGCAUCGGCGGCGGUUCCAGCGGCGACGGCGGCGGUGCCCGGCGACACUGUUAUCUCCGCGACGGUGGCGGGGAGAACGACCAGAGCGCCCGCGUUGGUGGUUAGAGCGUCGGCAUCGACGGCGGUUCCAGCGGCGACGGCGGCGGCAGCUGACGGUGUUCUUUCUCCCGCUGCGGCGGCGGGGAGAAUGGCUCGAGAGCCCGCGCAGGUGGCUACAGCGGUGGCAUCGGCGGCUCGAGUGGCGACAUCGGUGGCGGCACCACCCGCGACCGCGGCUGCGGCACCGACCGCUACGAUGGCAACCGUCGGUGACGUUUCCCCCACCAUAUCGGUUCGGGGGGCGGCCAGCAACGGAGAAGCGGUGGUCAACGGCAUCGGCGACGGCAGCGAUGAUGGCGGUUGGUGCGCAUUUGAGGUUGAUGACUGCUUGGAUGACAGCGUCUGUAGCGAGAGGGGGGCGUCCACGCACCCUUUCGAUCCCGGCACCGUGUCUUCGGGGGGGCGCGGCACCAACGAUCCCGGGGUGGACGACCUGGUCGGUGGCCCCGGCAGCAGCGGCGGCAGCGGCACCAGCGGCACCAGCACCAGAAGCGGCAGCAGUAGCAAUGACAAGGCAGAGGGGAUGGAUGUGGCCUGGUUUCGGGCACUGCUGCGCCCCUUCGACCCGGGGAAGCUGUACCGGCUGAAGGCUGGGAGCGUGGGGCCGGUGAUGGGGUUGGACACCCCGUUCGACCGUGGAAAGAUGUCGCGGGGGCAACGGCCGGGGCGCCCGUGUUCGCGACUGGAGCAGCGGCAGGAGGACCGUGAAGCGGAGAAGGGAGUUCGGAGGAUCGGGCGAGUCCAACAAUGA